AUGGAAGAAGGAAAUUCAAUUAUAUACGGGCUUGAACACCAGACAAGGGCUUUGUCGCCACAAUAUGAGAGUGAUGCUAUUCGAUUCCUCAUCGGAACACAGAGCUUAAAACCGAACACUAAUCAGGUGCAUGUUGUGGAACUCGAGGAAGAUACAGGCGCUCUUCAUACUAAAGUGUACAAACAUGAUAUUGGAGAAAUAUGGCACCUGCGGUGCUCUCCUCAUGAUGCAGCCACCUUAAUGACAACUCACAAUUCCUACGAUCCUGAGACAUCACAGUGCACAAUGGGCGUGUCUAUUUAUAAACUGCCUACCUUAGAUGUCAUACCAAAAGAUGCUGAUGACCUUAGCGCCAUACAAGGAAGAAUCGCUGAAGAUAUGGCAUUGGUUACAACUAUAACACCAGAAAAACCUGAAGAAGAGAUCCGCUGUUCUGAAUGGCACCCAAUAGAUGUUACCCGUAUUGGUAUUGUCAUGGAUAGCAGUGUAAGUGUGCGUGAUAUCACAACAGGGCAAGUUGUCAACAGCAUCACACCAGAAGGGAGAAACAGGCUCAAGUUUAGCAGUGGAAAGUGGAGCCCACAAGCAAUCAAUCAGUUUGCAGUACUACAAGAUACUCAUAUAAAAUGUUUUGACACAAGGAUGGAUGGAUGCAAGACAGCGUGGAAUAUAGACAAUGCACAUAGACAACUAGCUAGAGAUCUGGACUUUAAUCCAAAUAGGCAAUUUCACUUGGCAACCGCUGGGGACGAUGCUGCAUUGAAUAUAUGGGAUUAUCGAAAUGCAAAGGAACCAAUAUUCUCUCGGACAGACCAUUCACAUUGGGUAUGGACAGUCCGGUAUAACACAUACCAUGAACAAUUGCUAAUAACAGGAAGUUCAGAUGGUAGAGCGUUACUCACAGCUGCAGCAAGCAUUUGCGACACUGAAGACGAUAAGAAAUUAAGUCAAGUUUUAGAAGAUGGCGUCCUCCAAUCAUAUGAACAGCACGAAGACUCCGUAUACUGUGUAGAGUGGAGCACUGCAGAGCCCUGGACAUUUGCAUCGCUUAGCUACGACGCGAGGCUUGUGUUAUCUCGAGUGCCAAGGCAUUUUAAAUAUAAGAUUCUGUUGUAA